AUGGGCUUGCACUGUGCUCUCUGUGUGCCUUGGCCAGUAGUCUGUGCUCGGCGUUCUAGCCGCUAGGAACCGCAAACGCAAGGCAUUUUCGGGUGCGGGCAAUGCAUCGACAUCGCCAUGAGCCGGCCAUUCUAUCAGCAGGAGCCGCUGGCGCAGAGGCCGAUCUUCUAUCAGCGGCCAGUUAAUAUUAAACGCCUCCGUCACCCGGCAGGAGGUGUCUACGGACGCAGCUACUCGCUGGAAGAGCAGGAAGACCUGCAACAGCAGCAGCAACAGCACCACCACCAAGAGAAUGUUGUCCCCGUUUAUCAAAAGUUCAUUUAUGCCAACCAGCGGCAUUCGAAUCAGCUGCCGCUGUACCAGCUAGGAGACUCCCUUAGCUCUCUGGACAGUGAUUUCGUGGACGACUACACUGGUCCCUACAUUGUCGAGCAGCCCGUGUCUCCGCCGCCCGCUCCCAAAGUUGUGCAGAAUCUGAACGCACUGGGCUGGCUCCUAGAUUUGCUGCAGCAUUGGCCAUUGCCUAGUCUAUCCUUCAACACGGCGUGCAUCUGUGCGCUCAUCAUUAUAUUUUUAGCGCCGCGGACUUGUGCACAAAGUUUAUUGUUUCCCGCUUUCAGAUUGUUCUUCGGCACCCUGUACCCGGCCUAUGCCUCAUACAAGGCAGUGCGCACCAAGAACGUGAAGGAAUAUGUAAAAUGGAUGAUGUACUGGAUUGUCUUUGCAUUUUUCACAUGCAUUGAAACAUUCACAGACAUCUUUAUAUCCUGGUUUCCAUUCUACUAUGAAGUGAAAGUGGUCCUCGUGUUCUGGCUGCUGUCGCCAGCCACAAAGGGCAGCUCCACAUUGUAUCGCAAGUUUGUGCAUCCCAUGUUGACGCGCCACGAACAGGAAAUCGACGAGUAUUUGACUCAGGCCAAGGAGCGUGGCUAUACGGCGGUGCUACAGCUGGGCUCCAAGGGAGUCAAAUAUGCCACAAAUGUCAUCAUGCAGACGGCCGUAAAGGGCGGCGGCAAUCUGGUGCAGACGAUCAAGCGGAGCUACAGCCUCAGCGAUCUGAGUGAGCCAGAUAUGCAUCGCACCCAGGAUGAGCUGGACGAGGUGAUGAGAUCGUCCAUGUCCUCGUCGGUGGUGAUGCGCACACAGCCAACUGCAACACGUCUCCUGCGGCCACGCAAUCACACGCCCGUCGGCAGAUCCGCCAGCGGCACGCGUCACUCCACCGGGAUGUACUUCACCGAGGUCGAUGUGACCGCCAAGAAUGCGGGUGACUUCAACUACAACAUACGCAGCCAGGAUGACAUUAGCUCUGGCUACUCCAGUGCCGAGCCCAUCAGUGGGCUCAGUCGCACAUCCUCCAUGACAAAUGCUUCCAAGGGACGUGUCAAGUCCAAGCGCAAUGAGCAGUUGCUGGAGGAGAUGAGGGACGAGGUUUAUUUGGAGAAUCAGCUUUACUUUCAAGGUGUGCGCCAGCAAGAGCCAGAAGAACUGCAGGGCUUGGACCACAUGGAGAGGAUUACACAUCAUGAAUUGGAUGAGGAGCAAGAGGAUGUAGAUGUAGAUCCAGAUGAGGUUGAGGAUGACUUCUAUGAAGCCUUGCCAUUGCUGGGUGCAGAUGAAGCAGAGAAAGCUUCAGAACUGGAACUUCUGUCAUGCGAAGAACCAAAGAAAGAAGAACCAUUUGAAGAAACAACCCAUGAUGCCAUUAAGGAAGAGCCAACAGAGCAUUUGUUUCCCACUGAAACCACGACAAAAACAUUGCAAACAGAUGCCUCUACCGAGAGCAAACUGACAAAUGAACUACCAUCCGUCAUAGAUCCUUUUCUGCUGGUGAUACGCUCCUCAGUCACAGAGACAGACUCAAUUGUAGAUCCAGAACCAUCCGAUCGAUCUAGACCAGUGUCGCCACGGGAACUACGCGACACCUUGGAGGAGAUCAAGCACAGCUUUCGGGCCCAACUGGAGUCAGAGCUGCAGCUGUCACCCUCUCCCUCCCCGUCGCUGCGUCCAAGGGCUGUGCAUGGCAAGGGCCGAGCUCCGCCGCCUCCGCUGCCACCCAAGCGCCACUCGCUGAGUCCGCAGCCAGAUGCCAUUAGCCAGACAUCGACGGGCAGUGUGGAGCAGCGCAAGUCAGGACAAAUCCAUGUCUGCUAGCUGCACCACCUUGCCCAGGACCAGCAGCCGCAGGACUGAUAAAUCUCAGAUGGUAACGGGAACAUCAUCUUCUAGCCAGGCCAAGACGCGAAACAAGUCGGAGAAGUAGAUGGACAGACGAAGGGAAGAUCCGUGUACUUUGUGUGUAUUCAUCUGCUGCUCAAUAUGGCUGUUGGAUGCUUAUGAUUGAUGAUUGUCAGAUGGUGUGCAAGCGCACAGAACCUCAAGUUUUAGUUUAAAUUGUAACUGAUUACGAUGAUAUAUAGCUCUAUAUAUACAUACAUACAUAUGCAUUGUUUGUACUUUGUUUGUGAUUCUAUUCGAGUUCCAGGUGCGCUCUAGUUGAUAUUCAAUGUUCAUUUCACGACUCGUUUAGCGUCAAUUGUGUGUGUCCUAGCAGCCCGCCCCCAACCCUAUCCAAUGAACUAACCAAAAUAAACCGAUAGCAGAAUCGGAAACCUAUCAAAUUGUAGCAUAAAUUCCUAAUAAUGUAAUUGAUUGAGCAUUAAAUAAAUUAAAA